CUUCUGCGUCGCGUUCUCUCUGCUGGCAGCGUGUUCGAGUCCCCGGUUUCGCGGAGAAGCGAUGGAGCAAAGCCGGAGAGCCGCGCCGGGGUUAAGCACCGACCCGGUGCGCAACUUCGAGCGCUGGAAGAAGAGGUACGCCAAACGCAAAGACAAGCUGCGGCAGCAUCGCAAACAGAAGAAGCCGGAGUGGGAACUGGAGCGGGAGUCGAUUGCCGCCUUGGAAAGGCGCUACUUGGAGAUAAAUACAAAUGAAAUUACAAGAUUUUCUGAUUUCCCACUAUCCAGAAAAACUCUGAAAGGCUUACAGGAAGCUCAGUAUCGCAUGGUGACUGAAAUCCAGAAGCAGACCAUAGGUUUGGCAUUACAGGGCAAAGAUGUGUUGGGAGCUGCCAAGACGGGAUCAGGCAAAACCUUGGCUUUCAUUGUGCCUGCUCUAGAAAUCUUAUACCGCCAGCAGUGGACUGCCAUGGAUGAGCUGGGUGUUCUGAUCAUAUCUCCUACCAGAGAAUUGGCAUACCAGACGUUUGAAGUCCUGCGCAAGGUGGGGAAGAAUCAUGAAUUUUCUGCAGGUCUAAUUAUUGGUGGAAAGGACUUGAAACAAGAAUCAAGCAAAAUCCAUAAUAUGAAUAUCCUCAUUUGUACUCCCGGUCGUCUUUUACAACACAUGGAUGAAACUUCGUAUUUCCAUGCCUCUAAUCUGCAAAUGCUGAUCCUUGAUGAAGCUGAUAGAAUUCUGGACAUGGGCUUCGCUGAUACAAUGAAUGCAAUUGUAGAAAACCUUCCCAAAAAACGGCAGACCCUGCUUUUCUCAGCCACGCAAACCAAAUCUGUGAAGGACCUUGCUCGGUUGAGCUUGAAGGAUCCAGAAUAUAUCUGGGUGCAUGAAAAAGCAAAGUUCAGUACUCCAGCAACUUUGGAACAGAACUACAUUGUUUGUGAACUGCACCAGAAAGUCAAUAUGUUGUACUCUUUUCUGAGAAGUCACCUGAAUAAGAAGAGUAUUGUAUUUUUUGCAAGCUGUAAAGAGGUUCAGUAUUUGUUUAGAGUGUUUUGCCGCCUCCGUCCGGGUCUCCCUAUCCUAGCUCUUCAUGGCAAACAGCAGCAGAUGAAAAGAAUGGAAGUUUACCAUGAUUUUGUGCGCAAGAAAUCAGCAGUUCUUUUCGCUACGGAUCUUGCAGCUCGCGGGCUAGAUUUCCCUGCUGUGAACUGGGUCAUUCAGGUUGACUGUCCGGAAGAUGCAAAUACUUAUAUUCACAGAGUUGGGAGAACAGCCAGGUACAAAGAAGGUGGUGAAGCCCUCCUUGUUCUGCUUCCUUCAGAAGAAAAUGGCAUGAUUCAGCAGCUGUUGCAGAAAAAGGUUCCUGUCAGCAAUAUCAGAAUCAACCCUGAGAAACUCAUAGAUGUCCAGAAGAAAUUGCAGUCCUUAUUGGCUCAGGAUCAAGAUUUGAAAGAACGCGCGCAACGGUGUUUUGUUUCUUACCUGCGAUCUGUCUACCUAAUGAAGAACAAAGAGGUCUUUGAUGUGUUAAAGUUAUCCAUUGCUGAAUAUGCCCUCUCUCUUGGGCUUGCAGUGGCCCCUCGUGUACGAUUUCUCCAGAAAGUGCAGAAGAAAAUGCAUACAGAGAAGCCUGAAAAAGAGGGGACUGAGCAGGCUGAAGACACACAGUUUUCUUUAAGUGAUGAAGACUUAGAGAAAUGCAGGAGAAUUUUCAGUAGAACAGGCCUGUUGGGGCAACAGGAGACAGAAGGCCUCUCUGGGAAAAGCAGUCCUGAGGAGGACGCCUUACAGAGUCAAUCUGAGUUAGAAGAGCCUACAACUGUCCACGAAUCAAAACCUGAAUGCCUAAACUUUUUCGAAGAUGAUGAUGGGGAUGAUGACGAUGAUGAUGCCUCUAAGGAUGUGUUGAUUGUAAAACGGAGAAAUGUCUUUGGCUUAGAAUCAGAAGAGAAAGCAGCAUUG